AUGGCUGAACCAAUCACUAAGAUACACAAGGGCAGGCAAAGGCGCCCUCGUGUACCGGAGUCACAGCGAAAGAGGGCGGCGCAAGCGUGCCUGCCUUGUCGCCAGCAUAAAGAAAAAUGCGGAGGAGGUAAUCCUUGUCCUCGUUGCCAACAACAUCAAAGAACAUGUCGUUAUGAGAGUACCGGACGUCGACCAGUACCAGUCAGGAAUGAUGUACCAGAUGAUGGAGUGCCUGUAGGCUGGAAGGCCAAGGAACUGCAGAUGAAACGAAUUAUUACCCACUUUUUGGGAGAUGUCUCUUUUGAGACCAGUGACCUCCAGCAAAUAGCAGACACCCUAGAUAAUGGCCGGAAUUGGUCGGAUACUGAUUCACUCGAAUCACACGAUGCUACCCUGACCAAUGACUAUUCCAUCGACCCUCUUUCAACGAGCACAAUGCAUUACUCGGGGGAGCUAUCCCAUUGGAACUUUUCCAGGAUGCUAGAACGGAGACUACGAAGUCUUGGGAACAGCACAGGACAAGAUAAGGAUCAUGACCACGUCGAAGGCUUCUUUCGGGCCACUGCUCUGCAAUCAUCUGGCUCUUGCGUCGCCCUCGCAAAGGCAUAUUUCCCCCCGAAGCAUAUCGCGGAAUUUUUGACAAACGCAUUUUUGACAUUCGGUGAAACAAAUUAUUUCUACUUUCAUGAAGCAACUUUUCGCGAGAAGUUGGAAUUUUACUAUACCAUUGAGCAUCCACUGUCAAUCAAUGACGCUGGUUGGAUAUGCACUCUUCUCAUGACUUUCGCAAUUGGCACACAGUUUGCCCAUAUGCAGACCAAACCCACACCUGCCAGGGCCGCUGCUGUUGAAGAUAGCCCUGACGACCAAAUCGGGUUGGAGCUCUACCGAUUUUCAUGUCGACUCAUUCCAGAUCUAAUCACGGCCGCAAGCGUGGAGACCGUCCAGGCCUUCUUGCUUCUGGGGGUUUACACCUUGCCGAUUGACACGUCAGGCUUGGCGUACAUAUACUAUGGCCUGGCAAUUAAGAUGGCAAUCCAAAAUGGCAUGCACCGCAAGCUGUCAGAAGGCAACGUGGCCCCAGAGAUUAUGGAAAUACGAAAUCGCCUUUGGUGGUCCGCAUAUUCCCUGGAAAGGUAA